UGAGUACAGUGUCGUAAGAUAGUGGAGGUGGAUAAAGGUUGAAGAAGUUUCGAUACCAGCACCAACGGCGACAACAACGGCGACGUGGUAGUGUAUCGUAGUGGAGGAGGAAGAUUUAAGUAAAGCUUAUACCAGUAUCAGUGUGUAUUGAAGCAACGCUGGUGUAGUUACUGAGAAAAAAAGGGUCUCGAGACACGGAGAAAUAACGAAGACGACAGGUCGGCACGAUCGAGCACACGCGGAGCGGUGCAGUUGAGACCCGAUACUCCGGUAGUGCGUGUGUGUUCUGUUUUUUUUUUAUUAUAUUUUAUUAUAUAGUAUAUAUUUACUUCUUCUUUAUUAAAAAACGUGAUUAGUUUCAUUAUAAUUCUGUUUGUUAUAACAAUUGUUAUAGGCAAAACUGCAACACGGUGUCACUGGUGGAGAACGUGCCGGUUUAUUUUGUUUAAAAUAAUAUUAUUUAAUAAAAUAUUAUAUUUAUAAAACAACAAAAUAAAUAUAAAAACUAAAAAUCUAAAAAAAGAAGAAAUAUUUGUGAAAAGAAGAAGUAGUUGGAGCAUUUUUUUUUUUUUUUUUUUUUUUUUUUUUUUAAGGAGUAAGAGGCGCAAGCAGGGACUUGUACCCUCCGUCUCUUGUCUCUCUGACACAACGAUUCCGUCCGCGAAUCGCGAAGAAAAAAUACCAGAGAGAAUAAGUUAUAAAAAAACGAGCCAACUGAAAGAAAGAGAGAUAGAUAAAGAUAAAGUUAACGUAUCAAACGAGGAUAGACCACACGCGCGCCGGACGUGUUAUUUGCGCACCAACGACUAUAUAUCCAAGAGACUAUAUACGUAAUACAAAUCGUCGGUUAGUAUUAAACAUAUAUAUGUAUACGCAUAUAUACAAGUGACAAUACACGGUGGAGUUUUAAUUGAAGUAAUACGUUUUUUUUUAUCCGUGGUUUAAUUUCUCUGAAAAGAGAAAUUUUUUUUUCAAUAUCGUGAUUUUGACGUUAAAAUUACCAGCAAAUAUGUGUGAUACUACCAAUCCGACGACUCAGAGUAUUGCGGACUACCUGUCACAAUUAUUGAAAGACAGGAAACAACUCGCGGCGUUUCCAAAUGUCUUUAUACAUGUCGAACGGCUCCUGGAUGAAGAAAUUGCAAAAGUACGAGCAAGUUUAUUUCAAAUAAGUGGUGUCAAGAAAGAGCCACUGACAUUACCAGAGCCAGAAGGCGAAAUUAUAACACUUACAGAAAAAGUUUAUGUACCAGUAAAAGAGCAUCCAGAUUUCAAUUUCGUUGGAAGGAUUCUGGGCCCACGUGGUAUGACAGCCAAACAGCUGGAGCAGGAGACAGGAUGUAAAAUAAUGGUCAGAGGAAAAGGUUCCAUGAGGGAUAAGAAAAAGGAGGAGCAAAAUCGAGGCAAGCCAAACUGGGAACACUUGACGGAUGAGCUGCACGUGUUGCUGACGGUCGAGGACACUGAAAAUCGUGCGACACUUAAACUUGCCCGUGCUGUUGAGGAAGUUAAAAAGCUUCUAGUGCCCGUGCAGGCCGAAGGGGAAGACGAGUUAAAGAAGAGACAACUGAUGGAGCUUGCAAUAAUAAACGGGACUUACCGAGACUCAAACACAAAAGUAGCAGCAGCAGCAGCAUUUGACAUUGCAGCGUGCGACGAAGAGUGGAGACGUGUUGCAGCAGCAGCUGCUGAAACUCAGCGUCUUCUUCCUGGUUUAGGAUCCCAAAUGAGAUCGCCAAACGCACCACUAGGUGCUCCGUUAAUAUUAUCACCGAGAAUAUCCGUCCCAACAACAGCAGCAUCACUGUUAAAUGGUUCCGGCCCGCCAGGAUCAAUAUUAUCUGCCGGUGAUCCACAUGGUCUAAUUUACACACCUUACGCUGAUUACGCCAACUACGCGGCAUUAGCAGCAUCACCUCUUCUCACCGAGUACGCUGACCAUUCUGGUGCAGCAGCCGCUGCAAAGCAGCGUAGGCACCUUGGUCAAAUUCGCGAGCACCCUUAUCAAAGGGCAGGCGCUCUCUCGUGAAUACUGAGCACAGAGUCGCGCCUACCGCGGGAAAGGCUUGGAGUGCUAACAAUGGAAUCCACUCGCCCCGUGCUAACACCUGGACUCUGGACACAGCAUCCGCGUAAAGGUUCGCCACCCAGCUGAGAGUAUUCGCCGUCCACGCGUCACCAGCCCUCUUCGUCAAGCUUAUCCAUCCUGUCUCCUAAAAUAAUAUAAAGAAAAUUAUUACUUUUUACUCUGAUCUAGAUCAGUAUAUUUUUUAUUUAAAUUCAACGCAUUAAUGUCACCUCGGUCUCAAUUAUUAAUUAUUAAUUAAUUAAUUAUUAAUUACAUAUAAAAUCCUGUUAGUAGAGAGACGUACUUGGAGUACUUAUGUAUUAAUUAUUAUUGUUAUUUAAUGACAUGGCAGCAAGCUGAUUUGAUUAUUUAUUAUAAACUAAAAUUAACAACCGCAUCAAUACAAGAUAUGAAGUUUUAAUCAUCCGACGUAAUCUCGUACCGAUCAACCCUUGUGGAUAAGCUACACUUCAACUGGGACUUGGCGUCUACGAUAAUAACUUUAUAUUUUAUUUUUUUUCUUUAUAUAUUUACACGUUAAUUUAAUUUUAUAUUAUAUAUUACAUAUUAUAUAUAAAUUUAUUAAUUAAUUAAUUAAAUAAAUAUAU